UCAACGAGUACUAGACACACUAGACAGUGUCGAAGGGACAUUUUUUGAGAACACAUUGCGGAAAAAGCCACACAUUUGGUACCCAAAGUAACAGACUUCGCAAUUUUACCAGCUGUAGGAUCAGUACCACUGGCAGAUGACCUGUUUCGUUCAUUUCGCCAUAAAGACACUCUUUUAACCCAGAGAGUUCAUUGAAUCAGCGUUUGAAAGUGUCAGUUUACCUUAUCUGCUCAUCAGUGAACUUUAUACUAUUCUCUGCCGGUGGAUUCGACGAUUAUCAUACGUCAUGGAGUAAGUCUUGUGGAGAAAAGAUAGUACUACGUUCAAAAACACUCGCUCAUCGGCAAGCUUAUAAAUAACAAAUAUUUACUCUUUGAUUUUGUCGAUGUUGAACUUACUAAUUAGUAUUUUACGCCCCCUUUGAUUUUAACUAAAAAGCUAUGGAUUUGAGAAACGACACUUUGACAAGUUCAUCGACAACAAAUGGAGACGUCUCCUCAACAGAGACGUUUAUAGACGAACUGCCAAUGCGGGUUCGUCUCUUUGCAUUCAUUUUCUAUUUGGCGCUCCUGGUGGUCGCUGUAAUUGUGGACACCGCUAUUUUAUUCGUAUUCUGUCGAGUAAAAGAAUUGCGAAAUGUUACCAACAACUUGCUAUGCAACAUGAUUGUGGCAGACUUACUAUUUGCGUUGCAAACCCCGCUGGAGGCGCUUGCCUUCAAGAAUAAUUUCUGGGACGCUGGAGACGGCUGGUGUAAAACUCACAGAUUUCUCCUUCAUACAUUUUAUAACGUGGUGAUCAUAAGCCUGACAAUUGUCAGUAUUGAAAGAUACUACGCAAUAUGUAAGCCCAUGCGGUUCAAAAAAUGUCUCGAUUUCAACGUCUGCAAUCGGAAGCUUAUACUCGGUGUUUGGGUUGCGGCAUGCCUCUUAGCUCUGCCGCAGGUCUAUAUUAGCUCAACCGAAUGGUCUUACCGACGAACGGUGUGCAUGGAGAGACGGCCAGAAGAUUACUUGGUAGUUUUUCUAGCGUACCAUGUAACAUUGUUUAUCUUCUUGUAUUUAAUACCUGUCGCGAUAAUGAUUUUCACGUAUGGACAAAGUUCAAAGAAGCUAUACGAUAUGGUGGAGAGAUUUCGUCAAAGAUCCCGUUUCGACAUUUGCAGUGCUGUCAAGAUGAGACGAAGCAUCAUUCGCAUGCUUCUUGUCGUGGUCAUUGUUUUCGUCGUUUGUUUAACACCUCUAACAUUUGCUGAACUAUUACACGUUACUCCGGUGAUGAAGCUUUAUGACCCAUUUGGCAUUUUCUCUUUUUGCGUGGGUAUGUUAGCGUUUUCUCAUUCUCUGUUAAAUCCUAUAGUUUCGUCAUUCAUGAGCAAGGAAUUCAGGAAGGCUGCAAGACAAGCUUUUAGAUUUACGAAAGAACUAAGACUCGAUAUCUGUGUCAACCAUAAAGAGAAAGACAAUAAAUGCCAGCUAAAUGUAAUGAAGCAGAACGUCGAGGCUAAUGGAGUUGGGGGCGGAAAAACCUUCAGGUUGGACGAGAAAAACAACGAACCAGACAUAUCUCUAAGGAGAGACGGUUUUUCAAACAACGGAUUUGACUUUAGGCUCCACGACGAUAGUUUUGUCACAGAAACCACUGAGAUACCGCCGAAGGAAGCUGAAUAACACAUUUUGGAUUUUUAAAACUAAAUUCAAAUUGUCAAAACAGAGUUGUAUGUCUCCUUUGUUGCCUAAGUUCAAUUUCAAUAAACGGUAUUGCAUUUUUUUUGUGUGUUUA